GGUGACACCUUGACUGAAACACAUAGACAACCAUGGUGUUCGCUGGAAUUCAAUCAUCAUCAUCACCUUCCGGCCAUCAAAACCUCACAGUCCACAUACUCCGUGGCCGUUGGUUCAUGGUCUUUGCAUCCUUUCUAAUCUUGGCUGCCUCAGGAGCCACCUACAUCUUCAGCAUCUACUCUCCUGUGCUCAAGACAUCCCUCGGCUACAACCAACAAACUCUCAACACCCUUUCCUUCUUCAAAGACCUCGGUGCCAAUGUUGGCAUACUCUCCGGCUUAAUCAAUGAAGUCACUCCUGCUUGGGUUGUUCUCACCAUGGGUGCCGGCAUGAAUCUCUUCGGCUACCUUAUGAUCUAUCUUGCCAUCACUAAGCGUCUUUCUCAUGUGCCCGUUUGGCAAAUGUGUUUGUACAUUCUUAUUGGAGCUAACUCUCAGACUUUUGCCAACACCGGAGCAUUAGUCACUUGUGUCAAGAACUUUCCUGAGAGCCGUGGUAUCGUCCUCGGUCUUCUUAAAGCCUUUGUCGGUCUUAGUGGUGCUAUCAUCACUCAGCUCUAUCCUGCUCUCUAUGGUAAUGAUGCUAAGGCUUUAGUUCUUUUUAUUGCUUGGCUUCCAGCUGCCAUCUCUAUUGUCUCCAUCAACACAGUGAGGAUCAUGAAGGUUGUUCGUCAAGCCAAUGAGGCAAAGGUCUUUUACUCUUUCCUUUAUAUCAUUUUAGCUCUCGCCGGGUACCUUAUGGUCAUAAUAAUUAUUGAGAAAACUCUGCCGUCUUCAAGGGUGGAGUACAGUCUUAGUGCUGCUCUUGUCCUACUCUUUUUGGCCUCCCCUCUUUAUGUUGUCAUAAGAGAAGAGCUUAUUCUCUGGAAAAAAAAGAUUCAAGCCAACAAGAAUCAAAACCAAAACCCUCCUCCUCCUCUUUCCAUCACUGUUGAAAAACCAACUGACCAAAAGCAAGAAACACCACAAGAAAAAACAGUGAAGGAACCAUCAUCACCAUCUUCUGCUAACUCCUCUAAAAGGUUUUCACUGGCAUCACUCAUUAAAACCUUCAAAGCUCCAGAGAGAGGAGAGGACUACUCAAUCCUGCAAGCACUUGUGAGCAUCGACAUGAUUGUUCUGUUCUUCGCAACAAUUUGCGGCGUCGGUGGUACACUUACUGCCAUCGACAACAUGGGUCAGAUAGGCCAAUCAUUAGGGUACCCCCAGCGCAGCAUCAGUACAUUUGUCUCCUUAAUUAGCAUCUGGAAUUGCUUAGGUAGACUUACUUCUGGCUUCCUCUCCGAGAUCCUUCUCGCCAAGUUCAAAUUUCCCCGUCCACUGAUGCUCACCGGAGUUCUUGUCUUAUCAUGUCUUGGUCAUUUGCUCAUUGCUUUCGGAGUUCCCAACUCACUCUACUUUGCAUCUGUUGUCAUUGGGUUUUGCUUUGGUGCUCAGUGGCCUCUUCUCUUCGCCAUCAUUUCUGAGAUCUUUGGGCUUAAGUAUUACUCAACACUCUAUAAUUUUGGUGGAGUAGCUAGUCCAAUUGGCUCUUACAUAUUGAAUGUGAAAGUCACUGGCCUAUUGUAUGAUAGAGAGGCUGAGAAGAUGAACCUCAGUACUGUUACUACUUCUGGUGCCAAGGAUUUGACUUGUAUUGGAGUGCAAUGCUUCAGGCUUUCAUUUCUUAUAAUCACUGGGGCUACAAUUCUUGGAGCUCUUGUUUCUCUUAUCUUGGUAGCUAGAACAAGGAAGUUUUACCAAGGAGAUAUAUAUAAGAAGUUCAGGGAAGCUGCUGAGAAGGAAUUACAAGUUGAGAUGAAGCCUCCUUCUACUACUUCUAUACAAAGUAAGGAGAGUUCUGAAGGGCAUGUAACAAAAGAGUGAGUUUCAUUUCAUAGCAGUGUUGUUGUAUUGAGUGGCCAUAGGACUUGAUGAUCAGUAUAGAAGCAACCAGAUUGGGCUUAAGAUAAAGUUACUAAUUAGAAAGGUAGAUUAAAGAAUUAUAAAAAGAGUAAAAAGGGUUGGUGAUCUUCUUUUAUGAAAGUUUUACAGUGUAGCAGAGUUAAUGAAAAUGUUGCUGUUUAUUAUUGGCUAAUUACGUAAACGAGUGACUUUGAUUGGAAAUGCCAUGUUCCUGGUCAAAAUAGAAAAUAAUAAGAAACAUUGGCGUA